AUGGCUAAGCCAUAUCACAAGCAAUGCUUAAAAUGCGUGGUAUGCAACAAGCUCCUCGACAGUGUGUCGCUGCUCGAGCACGAAGGCGAGCCCUUUUGCAACAACUGCCACCGGACGCACCUCGGCCAAGGCAAGGACAAGUUUGGGACGGCCGUGCCGCUCCGUCCCAAGGUUGACGUCACGCCGAAGAAAUCAGAAGGCUCGUCGCAGCCGAACACGCCGAGCCGCCUCGCGCGCGCGACACCCGACGCAGCGACGCCGUCGCCAAGCCGCCGCCCGCUGCCCACGACGCCGAGUGGGAGUGCGAAUCCCCUGUCGCUUCCCAAUUCCCUCAGCCGACAGAGCCUGGGCGAGCGGAGUAUGGAGGCGGCGCAGAGCGAGCUCUCGUUUGAAAAGGCACCGACGAUCACCUCGCCGUCCGCCCCGAUCAUCAGCGGCACGCCGCUCUGUGCGCGGUGCCAAAAGCCAGUGUAUUUUGCAGAGCAAAAGCAGGCGGCCGGCCGCAAGUGGCACCGGGCGUGCCUGCGGUGCGACGGGUGCAACACGUCGCUGGACCCCGGCAAGGUGCAGGACGGCCCUGCAGACCUCGCGCACCGCGGUCUUCCGAACACGUGGUGUCGAAUGUGCUACGCCAAGCAUUUUGGCCCCCGCGGUAUCGGCGUAGCGGGCCUGUCCUUUCCAGACAUGGCAACAUGA